AUGGAGAUUGAUGAGGCAGUAAGAGCAGUAGUAAUUACUGUGUCCAUUCCCCCACGCCAGAUUGGCAGACGGCUAAUAUCACACAGACCCCUGGACCUGACAGACACCCAAUCCACGCCCUCCUCCCCAAACAAGCCCUCCAACCGGGGAGGGAGGAUCAACCCCAGGCUUGGUUGGGCCUAACAGUAGGUGGGCUGACUCGUCUGUCUGUGGUGUGGUUACCAAACCCCCUUGUUAUUUUAUUCCUCCAGGAAUUAAAGGCUCUCGUCCUGAUGCUAUUGUGAUUCAAAACACAACUGCUGUGUCCGAAAUGGGCCCUAGUCGAAAGUAGUGCACUACAGUGCAUUCGGAAAGUAUUCAGACCCCUUCCCUUUUACACAUUUUGUUACGUUACAGCCUUUUUUUUGCAAGUGUGUGUAUAUAUAUAUAUAUAUAAAAUCUCUUAUUUGCAUAAGUAUUCAGACCCUUUGCUAUGAGACUCAAAAUUGAGCUCGGGUGCAUCCUGUUUCCAUUGAUCUUCCUUGAGAUGUUUCUACAACUUGAUUGGAGUCCACCUGUGGUAAAUUCAAUUGAUUGGACAUGAUUUGGAAAGGCACACACCUGUCUAUAUAAGGUACCACAGUUGACAGUGCAUGUCAGAGCAAAAACCAAGCCAUGAGGUCGAAAGAAUUGUCGGUAGAGUUCCGAGACAGAAUUGUGUCGAGGCACAGAUCUGGGGAAGGGUACCAAAAAAUUUCUGCAGCAUUGAAGGUCCCCAAGGACACAGUGGCCUCCUCCAUUCUUAAAUGGAAGAAGUUUGUAACCACCAAGACCCUUCCUAGAGCUGGUCAGGGAGGUGACCAAGAACCCGAUGGUCACUCUGACAGAGCUCCAGAGUUCCUCUGUGGAGAUGGGAGAAACUUUCAGAAGGACAGCCAUCUCUGCAGUACUCUAACAAUCAGGCCUUUAUGGUAGCAUGGCCAGACAGUAGCCACUCCUCAGUAAAAGGCACAUGACAGCCCGCUUGGAGUUUGGCAAAAGGCACCUAAAGGACUCUCAGACCAUGAGAAACAAGAUUAUCUGGUCUGAUGAAACCAAGAUUUAACUCUGGCCUGAAUGCCAAGGGUCACGUCUAGAUUCCAACUGGCACAAUCCCUGACAGAGCUUGAGAGGAUCUGCAGAGAAUGGGAGAAACUCCCCAAAUACAGGUGUGCCAAGCUUGUAGCAUCAUACUUGAGGCUGUAAUCGCUGCCAAAGGUGCUUCAACAAAGUACUGAGUAAAGGGUCUGAAUACUUAUGUAAAAGUUAUCUUUCAGUGUUUUAUUUGUAAUACAUUAGCUAUUUUUUUAUAUUUUUACAUCUUUUUUUGCUUUGUCAUUUAUGGUGUAUUGUGUGUAGAUUGAUCUGGAAAAAUAAUCUAUUUAAUCCAUUUUAGAAUAAGGCUGUAACGUAACAAAAUGUGGAAGAGGUCAAGGGGUCUGAAUACUUACCGUAUACACUGUAUAUAGGAAAUAAGGUGCCAUUUGGGAUGGAGCCAACGUGUUGCUGCAGUUGCUUUACAAUGAGCAUGGAGCUGCUUCACGGACACAGUCAGCCUAUUAAAUCAAACGGGAGUCAGAUUUGUGAGGGCUUUGGAUUGGACUCUACUGCUGUCGGUCAUUAAAGGCCCAGUGCAGUCAAAUGUGAUUUUUCCUGUUUUUAUAUACACUGAGUAUACCAAACAUUAGGAACACCUUAUUAAUAUUGAGUUGCACCCCCCACUUUUGCCCUCAGAACAGCCUCAAUUCGUUGGGGCAUGGACUCUACAAGGUGUCGAAAGCAUUCCACAGUGAUGCUGGCCCAUGUUGACUCCAAUGCUUCCCACAGUUGUCAAGUUGGUUGGAUGUCCUUUGGGUGAUGGACCAUUUCUUGAUACACACGGGAAACUGUUGAGCAUAAAAACCCAGCAGCAUUGCAGUUCUUGACCCAAACCGGUGCGCCUGGCACAUACUACCAUACCCCGUUCAAAGGCACUUACAUUUUUUGUCUUGCCCAUUCACCCUCUGAAUGGCACACAAUCCAUGUCUUCAAUUGUCUCAAGGCUUAAAAAUCCUUCUUUAACCUGUCUCCUCCCCUUCAUCUACUCUGAUUUGAAGUGCAUUUAACAAGUGACAUCAAUAAAGGAUCAUAGCUUUCACCUGGUAAGUCGAAACUAUUUUGGGUCUUGCCUAGUGCGGCAUAUCGACCAGGACCGGGCCUGAUCAGCGUUGAUUAGACUAAAUUAAGAAAAGAUUUCGUAUCAAAUUAUACCAGGUUGGAGAGCAUUGGCGCAUUGUCCAUUUGACACAUUAUAGGCCUCAGAGCCAGAACAACCUUGUCUACUGCUGUUGAAUAAUCACACAUCCAACCUUUUUUAAAAGACCGCUUUUAUUUAUUUACUAGCGAACAAUGAAAACGUGCAUUUUAUAAAAGAAAGUCCACACAUCAAAAUAUUUUUGACUGAAGUGCCUUGGACUAUAGCACUCUACAACCCUGCACAUCUAGCAGAUUAGCUGCUCGAGCAUCUAAGGACAGUUGGAAAGAGGAGAUGUAGAACGUUUAAUAGACACACUAAGUUAGCAAAACAAUUGCUUAUAAUCAUUAGUAAACACUCCCGCUAUUAGGUAAAGUUUACAUGAAAAUAAAGUUCAAACAUGAGAAAAAUCCUAAAAUGAAUGUAGGUCUAUUUUAAACUGUUUUGACAGUUAUUUUAUUUUCAUGACUCUUCAUCCAUAACCGUCAGUUACACAGUUAUUAAAUUACCGUCACAGCCUUAUUGUGAAAAUGGUAAUGCCCUUUGAGUGUAAGAGCUAUUUGAAAAGACCACCUGAAAUUUCAGGCUGUUUUGGUGGGAUGGAGUUUUGGCCUGCCUUGUGACAUCACCUCUCUGCCAAUAACAGCUAAUUUUCAGUUUUCCCCUCCCCCACUCAGACCACUCCCAGACAGUCCUAACAAAAUUCUUGCUUGAGAAAUUGCUCUUUGCUAAGAAGCUAUUUCUGUUUCUUUUUUACAAUUUUAAUUGAAAACAAUCAAAGUAAGGUAUUUAAUUGUUACCCAGAAAUUAUUUGAUUGAGAUAAAUGCUGCAUUGGACGUUUUUAAAGCUCUGACGUACCGGUAGCAUUGUCAAACGUUUGCCUGCCGACAGUACUUGGCACCUCGAAACAGUGUCGGCAGUCAAUCUCUUUCGUGUUCACACAGCAAAGACCUUGAAGUCCUCAGCCACCCAGCCUUGUUAAAGUACUCCAAACCAGAAGGUGGCAGUUGCGUUGUAUAUUAAUGCAUAUCCGUGCGUAUUGUUUAUGGUAUAGAUUCCAAGCUAUCUACGCUAAUGUUGCUAUUGGGUAGAAAGCCCUUCUUGAUACUAGCCAGAUGGCCACAGCUAGAUAAUUACCUAGCAAGAUGACGAAGAAACAAUUUAAUUCACUCUCCAUACUGCCAGUGCCAGCCCAUAGCCAAAUGUUUAGCUAGCUAGCUAACGUUAGCAUAUUCACUAGCUAGCACAACAUAGCUAGCUAAGGACACUGCACUAACUCGGCAGCUAACACAGGCAGCUGUUACAUGGAAACUAGCUAAUCUGUUGUGAUUUAAUUAUGUCACUACUAGCUACAGUGGUUAGCUAGUUUGGAGGAAGUAUUUAGUGUUGUGUGCAUUACGUCUGUGCACUUAGCUAGCUACCAUCCCAUAGCCUACUUUGCAAAUGAUGUGUGACUGGCACAUCAUGGAUGCACAGAGAAAAUGCCCUCUUUUUUUUGUCUCCCCAUGUGGGGGUUUGUGCUCUUGGAUUGGCCCAAAGUCAAGUUGUUGGCCACUGCUGAGCAUUAUGAUUCUACAAGUAGAAUCGGUAGGUUCGUCGCUACCGGAUCAGCACGAAGCAGGUACCGCUAUUGUUCUAGCAAAAACAAGAAAGUACCUAUCAGCAGUUUAUUGGCAGUGAGAUUCUCUGUGUGUUUCAUGCUUUAAAGGCCUUCUCCUCAAUUUGAAACACGAGGCAGCCCGCCACUUGGUUUGCUAUAAAGCUGAGUGAUACCGCUGGAGAAAUGUAGGCCUAUCUACUCUCAAAUUCAUAUAUGCAAGGGAUGACAGUCCAUGAGGUCGGAUCUAUCCUACAUGGGGAGCCAUGCCUGUGUUCCAGUGCUCUUAACCAAUACUCCUCAGCUUGUCUCUCCUCUCCCUCUCUCCCGGUCAGUGGGGAGCUUGUUGUAAAGGCAGCCACUGUCAGUCCUCUUAAUUAAAGACAUGUAAAUGUGGCCUCAGCUGGAUUGCAUUAAUGGUGGCAGUGGCGGGGCGGUUGGAUUGUCAGAGCUCCCAGUGCCCUAAUCACCACUAAUUAAGGAUGAAUUACAAUUGAUGGGAGGGAACCUUCUAGCCUGGUCCCAGAUAUAUUGGUGCUGUCUUGCAGACAAUGACCAUAGGAGUUGGCGGCAGGUAGCUUAGUGGGUAAGAGCGUUGUGCCAGUAACCGAAAGGUCGCUGGUUCUAAUCCCCGAGCCGACUAGGUGAAAAAAUCUGUCGAUGUGCCCUUGAGCAAGGCACUUAACCCUAAUUGCUCCUGUAAGUCGCUCUGGAUAAGAGCGUCUGCUAAAUGACUAAAAAUAAAAAUAAAUAAUAAAUAAAAAUAAAAAUAGUUGGCAAGAUGACACAAACAGAUCUGGGACCAGGCUAAGAGCUUGUAGAACUCCUCCACACCAACCGGAGUCCCAGACAGUAUGUUUUGUGUAUUUCGUGUCCAAAAUGGCACCCCAUUCCUUUUAGAGUACACUACUUUUGAUCAGAGCCCCUAUGGGCCCUGUUACAGACAUAAAAACUGAAAAAAGGCCAUCACUCACUUAAUAUAAUUAUCUUUAACUCAUAGCAACAUGUCUUAAUAGACCACACACUGGCAUACUUUGUGGCUUGCGCCUUCCUUUGUGUGUGUGUGUGUGUGUGCCACGGAGACUGCCGAGCAUUAGGCAGUGUGUUGUGUGUUAUUGGCGGUAUUAAGGACCCCUUCUCCUGGUAAGCCUGUGGAUCUGCUGUGUUCUCCAGAGAGGAAGUUUAGAUUGGUGACACCUUGGAUUUAGGCGUUGGAUACAGCCUCUUGGUUAAUCUACGCUAAUCUGGCAGUCUCCCACAAAGGUGUAAACACAACACUCAUACAAGAAUGCCCAUAAACAAAACUCGUUCUGCAGCAGGGAUCAUCAACUAGAUUCAGCCACGGGCCAAUUAUUUUUUCACUGAGCGGAUGGUCGGGAGGCCGGGAACAUAAUUACCAAUCAUUUGUAGACUGCAAAUUGACCGCAAGAAGCCCAAACAGAUAUAAUUGGACUAAAACAUAAUUUGUAAUGCUUACAUUUUGUAUACGAUCAUGUGUCUCUCUAUUAUGCAUGGGGGUACUUAGGAACAGAUUUCCAAAAUUAAAAUCGCUUGGAGCUGAUUUCCUGGUGUUUUUACAUUAUUUUUGUCCAACAAUGAAAAUUCAUCAAAUCUUUUUUUGCGCAGAUAACUUGGAGGGCCAAAUAAAACCACUUGGGGAACCUACAGCUCUACAGGCUGUAUAGUUUGUUUCAAGCAGGCUAUGUUUGUGAGUAGCUUAACUAAUUAGAGAUUGCUUAAACAUAUAGUACAUUGUAGUACCUACUUACCAGUACCCUAGAUCUGUGCUAUAAUACUAUGUAAUAUAACCACUGAAUCUGUGUGUGUGAUUAAACAGAGUUAGUGCUAGUGUAAUCAGACAGACAACCACCAUGCAGGCUUAGCUUCUCCAGCUCUCUCCCGGGUAACAUCUGACUCUGUCAUGGUGCUCGUUGGUUCGUUAUGAAUGGCCGCUGCUCCUCUGAUCUAUUGCUUAAUUGCCACCACAUUUGCAUAACAGUGCAAAUUGACAACCUCUCAAAUGAGCGUUCAUUUUUCAAAGUCUUUAGGAGCUCCUUAAGAGGCGACGCUAACGAGCACGGGAGAGCAGGCAGCUGGGCUGAUGAGAGAAGGAAAGGAGAAGGAGAGAGGGAAGACUGGGAGCCUACAUGUACAUAUUACCUCCACUAACCAGUACCCCUUUUUAUAUAGCCUUGUUAUUGUUAUUUUAGUGUAACUUUUUAUGAUAUACAAACAAAUAUGUUGGUUAAGUUAUUUAUAUAUAUAUAUAUAUAUAUGUGUAUGACUUAACCAACAACGUAUUUUUUAUUUUUAAGGGUCUGUUGUAUGAGGCACAUGUGACAUUUGAUUUGAGAGGGAGAAGGAUAGAGAGAGUUGGAAGACAUGGAGAAGGAAGGAUGAAGGCAGAGGGGGAAAGGGAGAGAUGUGUUGUACGGUAUACUGAAAGGUCAUACUUUUUUGAUACUAGAACAUGAAAAAUGGUUCAAUACUAGAAUUUGUUACUUUUGUUACUUCUGUCAAAUGUGUCUCACACACAUACUGAUUGAGAGGAUCAAGUCUGUCUUAUCAGCUCAGCCGUUGCUUCCUUGUAGCGCGAGCGCACCAUUCCUGCCUCUUGCCUGCUCUACUUACUCAUUCGCUAGAUCACUGGGAGUCUGGACUGCAACAUGUUAGCUCCCCACUCAUGCAGCACAGAAGUUAACACACUUGAAUUAUGCAACAGAGCAUGUAGACAUUUUGAAACGGUUAAUUACUGUUUGCAAAACAAUGUCCAUACAUGCUAGAACACUUUCUAAUGCAAGAAGAUACUGGUAGCUUCCAGCUUUGUAGGAUAACAUUCCUUGCUAGUUUACAGAUAAAGCUAACAUGAAUUCACUACCCUAGUACUUUGUUGGUGAUAAUAUACAAACAUAACGCAAAAUAUGCUGAUUGUCACCGAAACUUUAAUUCACUUAAUUGUCUCUCAAUGAUGUCCAAAGAUACUUUCCCCCUUCGCCUGUCAUGUCUCUUCCUCAAGACCUCAACUGACUGUGUGGGCGUGUGACUCGUCAUGAAUGACAUCAUUACUGGGUUUAAAGAGACAGUGCAAACUUUUAUAAAAGAAGAGAUUGCUACUUCUAUGCAAAUGUUGUUGAUCAGUACAAUAAAAUAAGUCCCACAUGGAAGGGAAGCAGAUUGUUUGAAAUCUAUAGUCACAUGAAAUCUGUGAAAACAAGCUCAACUCAAUGCAUGCACACAAUCCUAUUGAAUAUGCAUUCACCUUUAUUGUGAAUUGGCUGCCUAGGCUACGUCUUGAUUUACCCAGUUCAUCAAUAGUGAUUUACCAUUCAAAUAAAUUGUUACUGUUAUGUAGUUAGAUUGGUAAAAACAAAGUAAUUGUAUAGUUUAUUCAUGAAUACAUACUUGGCUGUCUCUGAAAAAUGUUGACAUCAAAAUUUAAAUGCAAUGUUAUUGAACUCAAAAGAUGUGCAACGAUUGAACAGAGCAGUAGCUGAGUUUCUGUCUGGAUCAAGUGCCAUUCUGUGAUUUUGGCGAAUAAGCUUUUUUUUGGCGUGGUAUCGUUUUUGUAUUGAGUAUCGUGAUAAGAAUUCUGCUAUCAUGACAGCACUAGGAGAGAGUUAAGGCAGGAAGGAGGGAUAAAGGGACAACUGCCACUUUAAGGGAUACAUGUACCCUCUACCUAACUACCCUCCUGCCUCUCACUCCUCCUCACUUCAUCUCAUGCCUGCUGCUCCUCUAUCUCUACCAUCCACUCGUCCAGUGGAUGCUUAUUAUGAAUGUGUUGGACGGUAUAGGCUCAUAUAGAGCACCUGAGAACAGGUGUGUGUUGAACCAUAUAGGCGUAGACCUGAUUGAAGCCUUUUGUCCCUGAUUUGCUCUGGUCUCCAUAGUUGUCGUCUCUAGUUAAUGAAGGGUUGAUUCAUGCUUAAUUGUGUGUUUGCCCAGGGUGGGACAUCUCCCAUUCACACCCCUCAUCACACCGUGUUGACACUGACCGCUCACCACUCCCUCACUCAGGAAGGAAGCACACUGACCAUUUGUGUGACCGUUUGUUUGUUUUUGCAUGUGUGAUGUGUAUCUGCCCAUUUUUGUGUGUCCCUGUGUGCAUUCGUGUGUGUACCUAAAGUAAAGAGGACCAACACAACCGCAGAAGCUGCUUAGCCUGUGCUGCUUAAAGCAGGAUCUGACACAUCCACAGCAUAAUACUGCCACUCUCUAAAAAGUACCACUCAAUAGACUAAGGAGAUCCACCCAAAACUAAAAUGUGCAGUUGAAUUUUGGUAUUUUAUUAGGAUCCCCAUUAGCUGUUGCAAAAUCAGCUGCUACUCUUCCUGGGGUCCACACAAAACAUGAAACAUGACAUAAACAUUAAUAGACAAGAACAGCUCAAGGACAGAACUACAUAAAUCAUUUUUAAAGGCACACACAGCCUACAUAUCAAUACAUACACACAAACUGUCUAGGUCAAUUAGGGGAGAGGCGUUGUGCUGUGAGGUGUUGCUUUAUCUGUUUUUUGAAACCAGGUUUGCUGUUUAUUUGAGCAAUAUGCGAUGGAACGGAGUUCCAUGCAAUAAUGGCUCUAUAAUACUGUAUGCUUUCUUGAAUUUGUUCUGGAUUUGGGAACUGUGAAAAGACCCCUGGUGGCAUGUCUGGUGGGGUAAGUGUGUGUCAGAGCUGUGUGUAAGUUGACUAUGCAAACAAUUUGGUAUUUUCAACACAUUGCAUCACUUCUUUUUAUAAGAAACAGUCUCUCCUCAACUCUUAGCCAAGAGGGACUGGCAUGCAUUGUAUUUAUAUCAGCCCUCUGAUUACAAUGAAGAGCAAGACGUGUCGCUCUGUUUUGGGCCAGCUGCAGCUUAACUAGGUCUUUCCUUGCAGCACUGGACCACACGACUGUACAAUCAUCAAGAUUAGACAUUUACAUUUGACAUUUUAGUCAUUUAGCAGACGCUCUUAUCCAGAGCGACUUACAUGAGCAGUUAGGGUUAAGUGCCUUGCUUAAGGGCACAUCGACAGAUUUUUCACCUAGUCGGCUCAGGGAUUAGAACCAGCGACCUUUCGGAUACUGGCACAAAGCUCUUACCCACUAAGCUACCUGCCGCCCCGGUAGACAAAACUAGAGCCUGCAGAACUUGCUUUUUGGAGUUUGGUGUCAAAAAAGCAGAGCGUCUCUUUAUUUUACAGACAUACCUCUCCCCAUCCUUUACAACCAUUGAAUAAUAAUAAUAAUAAUAAUAAUAAUAUGCCAUUUAGCAGACGCUUUUAUCCAAAGCGACUUAGUCAUGCGUGCAUACAUUUUUGUGUAUGGGUGGUCCCGGGGAUCGAACCCACUACCUUGGCGUUACAAGCGCCGUGCUCUACCAGCUGAGCUACAGAUAUGUUUUGAACAUGAUAGUUUACAAUCUAAGGUAACGCCAAGUAAUUUAGUUUCCUCAACUUGUUCAAUAGCCACACCAUUCAUUACCAGAUUCAGCUGAGGUCUAGAACUUAGGGAAUGAUUUGUACCAAAAACAAUGCUCUUAGUUUUAGAGCUGUUUAGGACCAGUUUAUUAGUGGCCAUCCAUUCCAAAACAGACUGCAACUCUUUGUUAAGGGUUUCAGUGACUUCAUUAGCUGUGGUUGCUGAUGCGUAUAUGGUUGAAUCAUCAGCAUACAUGGACACACAUGCGUUGUUUAAUUCCAGUGGCAGGUCAUUGGUAAAAAUAGAAAAGAGUAGAGGGCCUGGAGAGCUGCCCUGUGGUACACCACACUUUACAUGUUUCACAUUAGAGAAGCUUCCAUUAAAGAAAACCCUCUGAGUUCUAUUAGAUAGAUAGCUCUGAAUCCACAAUAUGGCAGAGGUUGAAAAGCCAUAACACAUGUUUUUUCAACAACAAGUUAUGGUCAAUAAUAUCAAAGGCUGCACUGAAAUCUAACAGUACAGCUCCCACAAUCUUCUUAUUAUCAAUUUCUUUCAACCAAUCAUCAGUCAUUUGUGUCAGUGCACUACAUGUUGAGUGCCCUUCCCUAUAAGCAUGCUGAAAGUCUGUUGUUAAUUUGUUUACAGAGAAAUAGCAUUGUAUUUGGUCAAACACCAUUUUUUCCAACAGUUUGCUAAGAGCUGGCAGCAAGCUUAUAGGUCUGCUGUUAAAACCAGUAAAGGCCGCUUUAGCGGAAUUACUUUGGCUUCCCUCCAGGCCUGAGGACGAAGACUUUCCUCUAGGCUCAGAUUAAAGAUAUGACAGAUAGGAGUGGCUAUAGUCAGCUACCAUCCUCAGUAGCUUGCCAUCUAAGUUGUCAAUGCCAGGAGGUUUGUCAUUAUUGAUCGAUAAUGGCAUUUCCUGCCUAGGUUUGCCCACUUUUCCAAUGAAGUAAUCAUUCAAAUAAUUGGCAACAUCAAAUGGUUUUGUGAUGAAAGAUGGAGUUGAAUUUGUCUUUCUGCCCAUAAUGUCAUUUAAAGUACUCCAAAGGUUUUUUCCAUCAUUCUUUAGAUCAUUGAGCUUGGCUUCAUAAUACAGUUUCUUCUUCUUUUUGUUGAGUUUAGUCACAUAAUUUCUCAAUUUGCAGUAAGUCAACCAGUCAGAUGUGCAGCCAGACUUAUUAGCCACUCCUUUUGCCCCAAAAUAGGCCUGUUUGUUGGAGUGAAUGUAGAGUCCAAAUUGGCAACUUGUGUAGCUAAAGAUGUUAUGAUGCCUUCACUUCCCUACUUACUUGUGAACCACUAGCAUCACCUUUUGUACAGUUGUACUUGUUUGCCAGUGCACGUGACCGACUGGGUUUCGAACCUGGGUCUCAAGACUGUGUUAGCCUGUUGAGCUAAAGCGUUGAUGUCUUCAGGUCACAGGCAAGGUUAGUCAUCAUCUGAGCGUGGUUCACCACCUCUGUUACACCAGGGCUAUGUUACAAUUUGUACCAAAUGGAGGAGGGAAAAUGGAAGAGGAUACCCCUGGAGUAGUACUAGUACUCCAGACUGCACUCAGACGACUCCCGCUGUAGCAUGGGGAUCCUAAUUCAACCUGUGGGUUCAGUAACAGUCUUCAGUUUCCUCCCCAGGCCCAGAGUCACUUUACACUCCUCCUUUCUGAUGCAACAGAACGCUCACUAGGCUGCUUUCAUCAUCAAAUUUCGAAUUACAGAGUACUCAUUAUAGAAUUCUAUGGGUAUCAUAGACCUAGGUUGAAAAUAUUUGAUAUUUUGUUUUAUAAAUGUGAUAUUUUAUAUCAUCAACCAUGUCAUAGACUGGGAACUUUGCUGAUAGUGAAUUUAUUUCACAAAUAGUUUACUGCACAUCCUUCUCUUCUCUGUGAGUUGGCAUUGAGAGUAAUUAUUUCAUUUGGGCCAGUGACUUUCACUUGGUACUGGCAGCGAAUUCGCCUGAAUGUCAAGCCUUGACUCGUAUGUAGUUCCUUCUUGUGUAAAGGUUAUGUGUAGCUUGGAACCUCCUUUCUGUUCAACCAUUAUUUUCUUCUAUAUUUAUUUAUGGCCAGGUAUGGUAUAGUAUAGUAUAGUAGUAGGAGCAUUUCUGAAGCGUUUUCAUUCCUAUCAUUCUGCUGUUCCCUCUUGCCAUUUUAUUUAUUCCUCUGCCUCUCUCUCUCUGCUUUUAUGUCACCUAUGACUCCCUUGUUUUUUCCAAUUCUCCUUGGUUCUCCUUCUAGGCUACCCUCCCUCUCCUUACCUUUUUUCCCUCUUCCCCUCUCUCUCCCUCGUUCUCUCCCCCAGUGAAAGGCUGAGAAUACCCAAGGGGGCUGAUGCAAUUAAAAUGCUAAUCCUGUCUGUCUACAGGGAGAGGAGGAGGGGAGGGAGGAAGGAGAGGAGGAGGAGGAGGAGGAGAGGUGGGGGGCUGACAGAAUGAGGGAUUGCAGCUCACAUGGAGAUCUCGACUGAAAUGGAGAACGGGGGGGGGGGGGGGGGGGGGUCAGAGUGAAAAGGGGAUGCAGGACAGAGCGAGAGAAGAGAGACAGACAAGGGGUAAAAAAGUGUGUGUGUGCCAUGAGCUGAGGGAUGGAUGAUGGCGUGAAUGUGUUCGGGGUACAUGCAUCUCCCCAUAAUGUACUGAAGACACUGCUGCUCUGUAAGGGUAGGCGUCAACCUCACCCUGCCACACAUGUAGGCCUAGGCAGGGGUACUCAACUCUUACCCUACAAGGUUUUUUGUUCUACCUGAUAAUUAAAUACACACACCUGGUGUCCCUGGUCUAAAUCAGUCUCUCAUUAGAGAGGAACAAUGAAAAAAUGCAGUGGAACUGGCUUUGAUGUCCAGAGUUGAGUUUGAGGGACCUACCAACCUGCUCUACCAACUAGGCCUACAACGCACAAUUGGGAUAUAGCCUGUGUGCAGAAAUGAGGUGUGUCUACUACACAGCAUAGCGAUAUUGGCUGUGAGGCAGAAAUGAGUUUCAGGAUUAUGUAUGCAGUGGAAACCCCAGCUGGAGAGCCUGAAUAUUUCAUAGUAUGACUGUAGCUCUCCUCCCCUCUUCUUCUCUCCUCUCGCUGCCUUUCUCAAUGCCACACAACCUACCUAACCCUAGGGUGCUAUUGUGUGGUUUUUACUGAAUAAUUGUAUUGUGACCGCAAACACCAGUUCCCUAUUGCUUUAUUGGAAAAUGCAUUACGACUGCUCAGUACUGAGUGCAUAAGCCCUAAUAGACGUGUGUGUGGUUGUCAGAAAUCAUAGCUUAAUAAUUGGAGUAAUUAGUGGAAUCUGCGGUCAUUAGGGGCAACAGCUGGGGGCUGUAAUAAUGAGGACUGGCGGGAGGUUAGGAGGGGGUGUGUCAGCAAGAGAGGUGGGGCAGGAUGGAGGGGAAAGACCCGUAGAGGCAUGGUUGACCUCUUGGGCUGUAGGUCAGUUGGCUACUCCUUCUAUGACCACUGCAUACAUGUAUCACAACAACUGACCAAAAGGAAAUAGCCUGGAGUGCUAGAUGGGUGGGGUUUGUACUUUUGGGACUAUUCCAUUGACGUUGUUGGUCUAGACAAGCUCAAUCAAGCGCAGCUAAAGUAUUUGGUAGGUAACAAAUACUAUUUCAAGUUUUGAGCCGAUGUCUGAUGAAUAUUCUGUGCCUCUAGUGUAUUGCACUGUCUGCUGCCUCUGCUGGAUCUGGAAAUGGUUAGUCUGGAACAGGACAGCUCACACUUACUUCUACACACACGCACCAACACACACACACUCUGGAAGCUACAAACUUACUGGAGAGCACAGACACACAGGAUAGGCUAAUUCUCUAACACUAUUAAAACACCAUCUACUCAGACAAGCACACACCAAACUCUAUAAAACGUAGCAAGUAGGUGCAUCGUUUGCAUACACGUCGUAAAAGCACUUUCUCUCUGCCUAGCCUAGAAGUACUAAAGUAUAGCUUUGUGAGUGGAGAGAGGGAUGGGCCAAUCGGGGUCGUUAGUUCAGUCGGCUGGGUCUGCUGCAUUCCUGAGCAGUGAGCAGGGAUGAGAGGGGGAGCAACAGAGAGAAGGAAAGUGUCUGAGAGAACGGAGAGAAAGAGAGAGGAUCUAAGUGGAGAAAGCAAGAGGGAACAAGAGGGCAACAGCUGGGGAGAAAAAAGUUUAGAAAAGGAGGGAAAGUUGGAUAGAAGUUAAGAGAAGAGAGACCAUUGUUUAGGGGAUGUGGGGACGGAGGGGGAGAGAGUGGGCAGAAUUGUUAGGAUGCACUUUAAAAUAGUACACUAACAGGAAGGAUACUGACUUUAUUGUGGAAACAUCCUGGAAUCUCAAGUGUCCAGUAACUACAUGUUAAAGCCACAAUCCAGAGUUUGUGUUCUAGUCCAACAACAGCCCUGCCGGUUGGUUGUGUAAACUUUUCAAGAAUCAAUGGAUAGGCCUAUAUCAUUAACAUUGAACUGCAGGAAAUAUCCCAGAUUGCAUUUACUGUUCAGAAUAACUCUCUCCCAUGUCUGUGUUAACCCAGAGAGGAACAAAGCAGGUAGAAAUAUAAUUAUCUCCUGUUUUACCUCUGUUCCAGAACUGUAAGCUGAACAGAACAGGGCUUUGACAUCUGCUAGUUAUGGCUUUAACAAAAAAUACUUUAUUAAUCCAUGCAAGAGGGAAAUGUCUCCUCCUGUACCCAACACCUUCGACAUACACACACAUUAUAUACUGAACAAAUAUAUAAACGCAACAAUUUCAACGAUUUUACUGACUUACAGUUCAUAUAAGGAAAUCAGUCAAUUGAAAUAAAUUCAUUAGGCCAUAAUCUAUGGAUUUUACAAGAAUGGGCAGGGGUGCAGCCAUGGAUGGGCCUGGGAGGGCAUAGGCCCACCCACUGGGGAGCCAAGUCCCAGCCAGACCAAUUUAGUUUUUCCCCACAAAAGGGCUUUAUUACAGACAGAAAUACUCCUCCGUUUCAUCAGCUGUCCGGGUGGCUGGUCUCAGAUUAUCCUGCAGGUGAAGAAGCCGGAUGUGGAGGUCCUGGGCUGGUGUGGUUACACGUGGUCUGCGGUUGUGAGGCCGGUUGGAUGUACUACCAAAUUAUCUACAUUUUACAUUUGAGUCAUUUUAGCAGUUAGUGAGUGCAUACAUUUUUUUCAUACUGGCCCCCCCAUGGGAAUCGAACACACAACCCUGGCGUUGCAAGCGCCCUACUCUACCAACUGAGCUACACGGGACAAAACAACAUUGAAUGCGGCUUAUGGUAGAGAAAUGAACAUUCAAUUCUCUGGCAACAGCUCUGGUGGACAUUCCUGCAGUUAGCAUGCCAAUUGCAUGCUCCCUCAACAUGAAACCUCUGUGGCAUUGUAUUGUGUGACAAAACUGCACAUUUUAAAGUUGCCUUUUAUUGUCCCCAGCACAAGGUGCACCUGUGGUAAUGAUCAUGCUGUUUAAUCAGUUUCUUGAUAUGCCACACCUGUCAGGUGGAUAGAUUAUCUUGGCAAAGGAGAAAUGCUCACUAAAAGGCAUGUAAACACAUUUCUGCACAACGGUUGAGAGAAAUAAGCUGGGAUCUUUUAUUUCAGCUCAUGAAACAUGGGACCAACACUUGGUCUUGGCUACACGUCUCCUAUACCCCUUUCACUCUACUGAGCCAAACCGAGCCAAGAUGUACUGUGCUAGCCUGGUUAGGUUGCACAUCUACCAUAGUUGCUUGAAAGGACAAUGUACAGUAUGGCAUGAUAGUGUUUAAAACAAAGGCUGUGAGUCAAAAGUGUGUGUUUGUCUAUAGGAGUCUGUGUGCAUUGAGAGGAGUGUGUGUGCACGUCUGUUUGCACCUGUGUGUGUUUUGCACCUGUGAGUACUGUGUUCCUCCGUAUGUGCAUUUGUGCUUCCUGUGUGUGGGUGUCUAUCUGUGAGAGAGAGAGAGAGAUGAGUGCAUGGCUGGGGGCUGACAGAGGUCCUGUGUUUAAUACAGUGGAAUAGUGGAGCGGCUGAAAGCUGUACUUACGGCCAGCCGAGCUUGUAGUGACAGCACAUGCACUCCCAUUACUCUGCCCAUGCCUCAUGUUGCUGCUGCCUGCCUCUCUCUGCUCUGUACUGGCAGCCUGCCACCGACCGAGGUACCACACUGCCUCCUGGUGUUGGAAUAGGGUACUGCUAAUUUAGAAUUCACUGAAGAAUUCAGUGAAGUCCCAAAUGGCACCCUAUCCCCUUUAUAGUGCGCUACUUUUAGGGUGCCUUUUGGAACUCAUCGCCAGGUGACUCAGGGGAGAGAGUCGGCAGGGUUGUUUUGACAGCUCGGCACUUCUCCUUGAGGUUUUAGCAUUGAUCAAGUGUCCUACUGUCCUCCCUUCCCUUGCACCCGCUGGAACUCUGAAUAAUCAUACUUUUUUCUCAGUACAUUCAAAUUCAAAACUAAGGCCCCAGUCCAGAAACAACCCCUAGCCGAGGCACUUCUAAAGAUCUGAAGGAAAUCGGAUAGGAGAAGCCUGUAGCCUAAGCAGUAUGGCAAACAUUCUACCGGGCCUCUCUGAGGGUGUUACGACCCUAUUGCCUACACCUAUCCAACUCCUUCAGAUCUACGUCAAGUUAAGUGUCUAGGAUAAAGGGGUGAAUCUGAAUGAGGCUGACGUUGCAAUUGAGACAUGGUGUUCCCUUAUCCUUAAUGCCUGAUUGAUUGAUAUAUUGAUUCUCUCUCUUUUCGCCUCCUCUCCAGUGCUGAGUAUCCGAGGCAUUCAGGAUGAGGACCCCCCAGACCCCCAGAUCAUGCGUCUGGACAACAUGCUGCUGGCCGAGGGCGUGUCUGGCCCGGAGAAGGGCGGGGGCUCGGCUGCAGCGGCGGCAGCCUGCAGCAGCGGCAGGAGGGUCGCCCGGCGCCGACGGCGGCAUCGAACACUCGGACUACAGAGCCAAGCUGGCCCAGAUCAGACAGAUCUACCACUCUGAGCUGGAGAAAUACGAACAGGUAGGAGAGAGAGAAGCAGUGAAGCACACACACAUUUCUCUCUCUUACCGUCAAAGAUGAGUUUUCCUGAGAUGUUAUUUUUUUAUAACGGAACUGAAGUUAAGUUUCAAAUUUGUGUUGAUAGUCCCAUCUUCCUCAUCCUCCUCCUUCUCUUCCUCCGCCUCCCGACCCCAGGCAUGCAGUGAAUUCACCAACCACGUGAUGAACCUGCUGAGGGAGCAGAGUCGCACGCGGCCCAUCUCUCCCAAGGAGAUCGAGCGCAUGGUGGCCAUCAUCCACCGCAAGUUCAGCUCCAUCCAGAUGCAGCUCAAACAAAGCACCUGCGAGGCCGUCAUGAUCCUACGCUCCAGAUUCCUCGACGCCAGGUCUGUGUGUUUGUGUUUGCAGUCAUUUAAUUUGUAAUCUGCAGUGCUUUUUAAAAUUGUUUCCGAGAUGAAUAUCGUGUGACUGACUUUGUGUGUGUCUGUCUGUCAGGCGUAAGAGGCGAAACUUCAACAAGCAGGCUACAGAGGUGCUGAACGAGUACUUCUACUCCCAUCUCUCCAACCCCUACCCCAGUGAGGAGGCCAAAGAAGAGCUGGCCAAGAAGUGUGCCAUCACCGUCUCACAGGUACUGAGUCUGCACCGUACUGCACCACACACUUCUUCUGCCAGUGGACUUACCAAUACUGAAACCAGCUUUUCCUGCCAUCCAGGACCUCUAUACCAGGCGGUGUCAGAGGAAGGCCCUAAAAAUUGUCAAAGACUCCAGCCACCCUAGUCAUAGACUGUUCUCUCUGCUACAGCACGGAAAGCGGUACCAGAGCGCCAAGUCUAGGUCCAAGAGGCUUCUAAACAGCUUCUACCCCCAAGCCAUAAGACUCCUGAACAGCUAAUCAUGGCUACCCGGACUAUUUGCACUGCCUGUUGUAUUCGGCGCAUGUGGCAAAUAAAAUUUGAUUUGAUUUGUAUAGGUGGGGGGUCUGUUCCCCUGCCUAAUUUUGCUUGAUUUGGUUUCAAUUUAAAGUGUCAGGUGACUGAAAAUGUACUGAAACGGGGAUGGACUACCUGACGUUUUCUAGUAAGAAACGCUUGUUUUCGUUUUCCGUUGGGAAACCUUUUGCUACGGCGUGCACUGAUGAAUACAACCCUGGAAAGAAAUCUAGGGGAAACACUGACUAAUACACUGGUGUCUGUCCGUCUCCCCCUCAGGUUUCUAAUUGGUUCGGCAACAAGAGAAUACGGUACAAGAAGAACAUUGGUAAGUUCCAGGAGGAAGCGAACCUCUACGCAGUUAAAACAGCGGUGGAUGCUGCCAGCGUGUCGGCGCAGGCUAGCCAGGCUAACUCUCCGGCGACGCCCAAAUCAGGUACCGUGUGCCCCUACCAACCACCCCUGACCCCACCCCUCCAUCCAUAUCUCAAUCACCCUGCCUCGUCACACCAAUCAGCUGAUGCCCAUGCUAUUACACACACACACACACACACACUGUAGUUCAUACACACUGGCAGAAGUGUAGAACCACAUACACAGAAUGAGGACAAUGUCUGUGUCUGUCUGGCUCUCCAUCGGACUUGUUCUUCUGUUCGUUUGGUGUGUGAUGCGUUGCUGUGAUGUUAUUGCGCUCACAGGUUUUCUAUAGAGGAGCGUUUUUUUAGACCAAAUCUUAUUUUGGACCAGAUUGAUCAUCUCCUUGUUUAAAGUUGCUUUAUUGUUGUAGAAAGUGGUUAUUUUCAGGGAUAAAUGUAGCUUGACUCAGCAGCAUCAUAGAUGCUGGGCUAUUGCCAUAAGCAAUAACUCUUAGUAGGAAAUGACCGUUAUCCCCCAUCUCAACAUAAAUCCAAUUCAAUUCAAUAAUCAAUGUAUUUUCUUUUCUUUCUGAAUGGUUUCUGUUCAAUUUCACCACUUCCUCUUUUGAUGUCAUCAUUUCUUAUUUAUUUAGCCUACCACUACUGCAAACUCCCACUCCUGUUGGCUGUCUGUCUCUUUAUGUAGCGGCCAGCACACCUUUACAUUAGUGGACAGUAUACACACACUCACACCUUUACAUUAGUGUACAGUAUACACACACUCACACCUUUACAUUAGUGUACAGUAUACACACACACACACAUACAUUAGUGUACAGUAUACACACACACACACACACGUAUGUACCAGCUACCCCUAUUUGCUCAGGAAGCAGACAGGAGCAGGUAGGUGAUGUACCAUUUAAUCAUUGUGAGCCGUACUGUAUGUCUGCCUCAUAGAAAACCUAUUAUUAUCUGGAUUAUAUUUCUAUGGUCUGCAUCUCCUGCAGUAAGAUUACAGCUCGCUGGUGGACUGUCAAGCAUCAGUACUAGGACUCAAGACUUAACCAACAAAAAAUUUCUGAAUUCCACUUUGAUGUUCACUUGUUACAGUGUAACUAAAACGUUGACCGGUGUUUUUCAUGUAGUAAGACAUAUUUGUGUCGUCUUGAUUUUGGUCCGUUUCCAACGAGAAAGUUGCAGUUGGCCUAUAGUUUGGCCAUUCAUAUUCUCUUGUGCAAGCCUCUUACUUCCUAAGUGUCAUUCACAACAACAUGUUGUGGCGACACUUGUGGCGUAGUGGUCUAAGGCACUGCAUCGCAGUGCUAGCUGUGCCACUAGAGAUCCUGGUUCGAAUCCAGGCUCUGUCGUAGCCGGCCGCGACCGGGAGACCCAUGGGGCGGCGCACAAUUGGCCCAGCGUCGUAUGGGAGGAAAUGGCCGGCAGGGAUAUAGCUCAGUUGGUAGAGCAUGGCGUUUGCAACGCCAGGGUUGUGGGUUCGAUUCCCACGGGGGGGCCAGUAUGAAAAAAUAAAUAAAUAAAAAAUAAUAAUGUGUGCACUCAUGUAAGUCGCUCUGGAUAAGAGCGUCUGCUAAAAUGACUAAAAUGUAAAAUGUAACAUGAGGAAGGUGGAAAUUGAGGAUCCAUCUGCACAUGUAUUGGAUAAUCUUGGCACCCAGAAGGCUGUGUCACGAGGGACUAAUUCAUUGCUCACCCACUUCUAAAUACUCCACGAUCCUUAUGUUUUCAACACUAGCCAACGGGUUGUGAGCGCGGGUAUGACUGUUUCUUUUCAAAAGCCAGUGUACUUUAACUUCCUGGUUGAGCUGUGAUCUCUGACCCCUGGCACACUGCGGUGCCUGAUUGGCUGACACAGCCACACAGAGGUGUCUGACUGACAGAGCCACACUGAGAUACCCGAUUGGCUGACACAGCGUGUGUUGCCUGCAGGGUCGUCGGGAUCAUACAGCUUGUCUCAUGCAGGCGACGCUGAAGCUGUUGCCUACCUCGGCCUGCGCCCCUCGAACCUCAACGGGGCCGGGGAGGCCGUCCUCAACAUCGCCCCUUCUCUGCAGCCCCAGGUAGGCACUGAGGACCUCUAGGAAAGCCUGCCUCAAUGCCCCAACCACAACCCCCUCCAACCCCAACCCAGUCACUAUAGGGUUGCAAAAUUCCUGUAACGUUCCCAAAAUGUCCUGGUUUUCAUGAAAUCCUGGUUGGAGAAUUUCUGGAAUCAGGAAGGAAUAAUUAAGGCAAUCCUUCAACCUGGAAUUUAUUCAAACAAGAUUUCUGAAUAUCCAGGGCAUUUUGGGGAGGUUUCCGGGACUUUCCCACCCCAAAACCAGUGACCCAAACAUCCCUAGACACCAGCUCCUCCUAGCACAUACUAGUUAUGAUGACCCCCUCCUCCACCCCUGCCCUAGAAUCACCCCUGAUCCAUAAACACCCACCCCAAGAUGCCCUGUGGCACCUGUCCCUGUUCCACUUAGCAGAGAAACACGCCUCAUGGUGCAUUUUGGCCCUCCUCCCCUCUCUCCAGCCCCCUCCACAUAACCUUGUGUUUCAGUUAAGCCUUUGGUGUACCUACCCUACCACCCUCCCCCAGUUAUUUAUCCAUCCAUUUUAUCUCUAUAUGUCCAUGUUUGCUUCUCCAAAUGCACCCUAUUCCCUACAUAGUGCACUACUUUUGAGGGAUAUGGUGCCAUUUGGGACGCACACAGCCAUCUCUCUCCAUCCUGUGACCAUGGAAGCCUAAGGCCCCCCUCUACUCCUCAUUACUCUGCUGUUGUUGCCCUCCACCUCAUCACUGUGCUGUUUGUAAACCUGUGGAAGUGCAGUGUUGUUGAAGAGGAUCCACAGAUUUCUGCUGUAAAUAGCCUGAGGCUAGCCUGGACGCUCAGUGUCAGAGAGACUGAGGGGAAAACCCUCGGUUGCAUUUCCUUGACUCCUUGUGUCCGCUCCCCUCGCAUCCUCAAAACCUAUUGGAGACUGUCAGAGGGGAGGGACCGCUGGCUUUCUCAUCCAAUAGGUUUUGAUAAGGAGGCGAGGAGAGAGGACACGAAUGCAAUUGAGAUUCUCCCUGACUAACCGGACGGUAGGCAGCAGUUUCUGCAUUCAAUCAGUGAUGACUGAGAAUACAACAAAUUGUGCGAUGAACAAUAAAAAUAAUACAGGAACAAUAGAUGUAGGCUUUUAAUGUUAGAACUGUGAUACCAGAGAGGCAGAUAGUGUACAGAGAAGUGAGCAGAGGUUAGCUAGUAGGGAACCAGCAGUCCAAACCAAGAGCCAUGCUGCUUUUGCAUUGCCAGAUACAGCAGAGGUUUGUGGAAGCUUUACAGUUCCUUUUAUUACCACCUGUGUUUGUGUGAGACUACGCCCUGAUUGAUGCGCAACUACGUGUGUGUGCCAGACCUGGGUUCAAAUAGUAUGUUAACACUUUUGCUGCACUUGAUUGAGCUUGCUCGGCACAACGGAACCAAGCCUAUCUGGCAGUCCAAGCAGGCAGGCUCAAUCAAACGGGCUCAAAGUGUUUGAAAGGAAACAAAUCCUUUUUGAACCCAGGUCUCUGUGUGUUGGUCCUUCUAUCCUUGUGGGGACCUAAAUUCCCCACAAGGAUAGUAAAACAAGGAAAGUGUGUGUGUGUGCGCGUGUGUAUGUGCAUGCAUCUCGUAGCUGAUGGCGCCUGUCUUGUCUCCCUCCAGGUGGAUACCCUGCACCGUGCUACACACCUGACGGCAGGCUAUGAGGAGUUGACCGCUAGCGCCCUCUACACCCCACACCGCCUCCAUGUGAGUCAAACCUCCCUUAUUGCCUCCCUUCUUUUAUUUAGACCGAAAGAAAUGCAUGCCUACCAACAAAGUAUUUGUAGUCCAGGCAAAUGUAUUUAGUGCAUUUUACAAGGGUCACAACACACCUAUAUUAAAAAUUGAAACAAAACUAGCUGCCCAAAUUGACAUCUUUGUUUUUCUCUCCUGGUUCUCUCCUUCUAGACUAGCAACAGCUGGCAGGACACCACUCACCCCUCCUCCGUCACCUCUCCACCAGGCCCCCCUGGCAGCGUCCAAUCUGACACCUCCAACUGAGACCCCCUCCCCUCUCCUCUUCCUCCACCCCAGAGACCUCUCUUUCUUUUGGGGUCUGCUCUGACCACUACCCACCUACCCCCAUCCUCCUUCCUGCCUGCCUCUCCACUACCAGUCCGGACUGGGCAACUCAUGCCAGGCGCUGUACACACACUCUCAAACUCACACACACACACUUCUGUGGACCGUUAAGAUGGACAACUGAACAGAAGACAUUUCCCUUCCUUCCACUCUACAGAAAUUCUGGAGGCUCCUUUGUCUUCAUAUCGAAUUUGAGGAGAGGAGACUGACUGGCGCCUGAUCAUGACAUCAUAACCCCUCACCAGCUCCAGGACCUUUUGAGGAACUACUAACCCAACCAACCUGGCUGUGUAGGGCAGGUGAUGAUGUCUGUACAUUACCUGUGUAUAUGCUCAUGUCAACACCACACAGUGUUCCCAGCCUGUCCAUUACCUAUCCCUUGUGAGGUUCUGGUGUUGACGUGUGUGAUAGCGGUCACACACACACACUAACGCCAGGCACUGUGGCGAUACGGAUCACAAGAUGAGCUCUGCUCACCUUGCUUGUACCAAAGUGAUGUCCUCUCUCCUCUCUCCCCCAACCUGAUAGUUGUUACCCCCCCCAACCCCCAGCAACUAGUAUCACAAAGACACCACCGUUGUUUCUUCUAUUUUUUAGUAUUGUUUAUAGGUCAGAUAUGCAGAUAUGAUUUACAACCCCUUGUAUGGAACGUGGACACAGAUCUGUCAAGCACAAACUUUUGCACCUUUUUACAGGUGCAUCUACCUGGUGACAGUAGUUCUGGGGAGUUGAGCGUACAGUGGGCUUGAGGACAGGACUGAAGAUGAAGGGAGAGGGGAAAUGAGCGAUCCUCUUUAGUCCUCCAAAGGUUGUUUCUAUUGCGUCCCCCUUCGGUUAGUCAUCAAAAGCUGUAGACGUUACUUUCCUCUGUCUGUCAACUACUUUUAGUUGAUUGUAGCCUUUUUUUCUAAUGCUGUUUCACAAAGAAAUGCACCAGCCACCAAAUAAGGUUUGAUAGACCCUGAAAGUGGUGUUGGGACGGUGAAAUGGGUGGAAUGAAAUUAGUUUAGUGGCAGAGAGAUGGCUAUGUCAUUGGGGGGGAAAUGUGACAUGAAAAUGUUUAUAAAUAAUUGUGACCGUCUUCCAAUGCAUGUAGGCUUUUUAGGUGUUCAGUGAUGGUUCUCAUUUAAAUAUUCCAGUUAUUUAGCUUCUUCACUUUUGUUUUCUCAAAGACACAGACCAAAAAGGAGUAGAUGCGUUAUGCUGUAUGUACAGAGUUCUUAGAUGUCUCAAUCGGGAUGGCUUAAUGAAUACGGCCC